GGCCAUUGGACUCAGUUCCUGGCACCAGCACCAUGCCCAUGACACUGGGAUACUGGGAUAUCCGUGGGCUGUCUCAUGCCAUUUGCCUGCUCUUGGAGUACACAGACACAAGCUAUGAGGAAAAAAGAUACACCAUGGGAGAUGCUCCGGACUUUGACAGAAGCCAGUGGCUGAAUGAGAAGUUCAAGCUGGGCCUGGACUUCCCCAAUCUGCCCUACUUAAUUGAUGGGUCCCACAAGAUCACCCAGAGCAACGCCAUCCUGCGCUACAUCGCCCGCAAGCACAACCUGUGUGGGGAGACAGAGGAGGAGAGGAUUCGAGUGGACAUUGUGGAGAACCAGGCUAUGGACACCCGCAUACAAUUGGCCAUGGUUUGCUACAGCCCUGACUUUGAGAAACGAAAGCCAGAGUACUUAGAGGGUCUCCCCGAGAAGAUGAAGUGCUAUUCUGAGUUCCUGGGCAAGAGACCAUGGUUUGCAGGGGACAAGGUCACCUAUGUGGAUUUUCUCGCUUAUGAUAUUCUUGACCAGCAUCGUAUAUUUGAACCCAAGUGCCUGGAUGCGUUUCCAAACCUGAAGGACUUUGUAGCCCGCUUUGAGGGCCUGAAGAAGAUAUCCGACUACAUGAAAAGCAGCCGCUUUACCUGCAAACAGAUCUUUGCAAAGAUGGCCUUUUGGAACUCAAAAUAGGACUACAAAGCCCAGACUUGGGUGAAAACUCGUGAUCACCCUGCUGGCUCUGGCCCUUGGGUAUGGCUCUGUGUCCCCACCAAAUGUUCUCUUCCCCUUUCGGUUCCCUAGCCCUCUCUUUCUUCUCACAAGCCUUUCCUUCAGUCAAGCCUCUGGAUCCUUGGGCUCCGAAUUUCUUCAUCUGUCCCCUGCUCCUAUUCCUUCGCCCUGCCCUGAAUCCAGCCAUCCCUCACUGCUAUUUGGAGGAAGAUAUUAAACCCAGAAUCUCCAGCAAAGCCUGAGAUAUCAGAUCCUCCUGUGUGCUGGCCCUGGUCCUCAGAGUGAGCAACUGAGCCCUGUUUGAUCCCCAGUAAAAUGAAUGACAUUUGUUUUGCUGCCGUGA